AUGCAAGAGUUUGAAUCCUGGCGAGUCAAAGAUCUUGAAGAGCGCAACAAGCGGGAGAAGGCCCUGGCCCGCCCUUCCGCCCUUGCGCCGUUCCGACUCCCGGUCACGCUCGAAGAAUGGUACUCCAUGCGUGAAGCCGCCAAGAUCGAGGCCAAGCGAAGAGCCGCAGAAAAGGAGGAGGAGAUGGAGAGAAAGAAGGCCAAGAAGAAGGCAAGGGAGAAGGAGGACGCGAAAAAGAAGAAGGAAGAGAAGCAGGCAAAGAAGGACAAGAAGGAGCAAGAAGAGCUGGAAAGGCGCGCCAAGAUUGCUGAAGCCGCUGCUGCACGGCGAGAACGAGGUUCCGGCAGGCCGGAUGCAGAAGCAGAGUUGGCCAAGCUGAUCAAGGAGGCGAAGCAGGCAGAGCCGAAGCAGGCCGAGCCGCAGGUACCUGUGAAGGAUCCAGGCAUGCUGGAGAACGGCAUCAUCGUACUGGAUGAAGAUGUGGAGCUCUACACCCACAACGAGGUCAUGACAAAGAUCACUCAGCAGCUCACUAAGGCCUUGGACUUGCGCCUGGUGGCCGUCCAUCUCGUGGACUCCACGCUCUGCGUGGAUGCCUAUCGAUAUCUGUCUGCCGUGUUCUUGUCCAUGUCUGCCAUGAUGCAGUUGGAGUUGCCUCACAUCAAUGUGCUGUCCAAGAUCGACCUGGUCAUGGAUCACACCGAUGACUUAUCCUUUGGCUUGGACUACUACGCAGGCGUGUCCGACCUGUCGCAGCUGAUGUGGACGCUCCAGGCUACAAGGCAUCCGAUGAGCCAGAAGUUCAAGGAAUUCAACAGGCUCAUCGCGGAGCUGAUUGAGGACUAUGGCCUCGUGAGCUUCGAGCCCUUGGACAUCCAGGACAAGGAGUGCGCCCUGCGCGUGCUUGGUCGCUGCGAUACUGCCAACGGACACAUCAUGAAUGCCGAGAAGGUCGAGGAUCCAUCAGAUCCUGUUGCCGGAGUUCGACUCUUUCAGGCGGGCUUCGCGGAUACCGACGAAUUUCUGGAUGAAUACUUGGAAAGAUACGAAGAACCUUGGCUGAAUUUCCUCUUUCUCCCUCGCAACUAG